AUGAUGCAACAGGCAGGAAUCUCCUCACGAUCUGGCUCUGACAACGCGGCUGUCCAAGAAGAGGAUGGAGGAGACGACGAGGCUAAGCCAGGAGGUUUGAAACGAAGUGGAACUGGCUGGAGCAGCAUGCCGAAAAGGGAUCGGAAAGUACAAGACCGCCUUAGGGCCUUGAAUGGAAAUCGAUGCCUCAAGUCUAGACUUCUGGCGGCGACCGUCCUCGAGUCGGAGGCGUUUGAUUUCGUGAUGAUCGUCAUCAUCCUCGCAAAUGCAAUCACCAUAGGUGUGGAGCAGAAUAUCCGUGUUGAGGGCGGCAACACCAGCAGCGGUCCCCUGAACGUCUUGGAGCAUAUCUUCCUCGUGAUAUACACUCUUGAGAUUUUCCUGCGCUUCUUUGUGAACGGUCCAUGCAAAUCUAUUCGAGACCAUUGGGUGAAGUUUGACACAGUUCUGGUAAUUUUGGGCUGGCUCGUCCUAUGGAUCCUGCCGGUGGCAAUGUCGCCUGCAGAUGAGACGGGCGAGUGGUCCAGCUUCUUAACAUU